AUGGCAGGCUGGGACCAGUAUAUAACAAACUUGACAAGUCAAGGCAUUACUCAUGCCGGAAUAUUCGGUGCUGAUGGAUCACGAUGGGCUGCGUCUCCAAAUUUUCCGAAUAUUGAUAAUAUUAGAGACGAAUUGCCUAAAGCUUUUUCGUCAUCACCAUCAGGCAUUUUAGUUAACGGUGAAAAAUAUAUAUUUAUUCGUAGUGCAGAAAAUUUUGCUAUCCUUAGAAAAAGUGCUGAUGGAAUGGUUGUUGUGAAAUUAAAUCAAGCUUACAUUGUUUCGAUUGGUGUUAAUCAAAAACCUGAAAUGAUAAUCGGAGCAACCAACAAAAUGGGUGAAUAUUUAAAAAAUUGUGGCUUUUAA